AUGCAGUUGGAUAUUAUAGUUACUAUGAAAUUGUAUAUUUCAGAAGUGCAAUGGAUUCGUAACACCGCUGGCAAAACGCUCGCUUUGGUAAACGGUUACACUUACUACUGCAACACGGGAAAAAGUAGCAGGAGCAAAAAAGUUUUCUGGCGUUGCACUAAAGGCGGGAGCUGUCAAGCCAGGUUCUUUGUAUCGCAGGACGAACACCAGGAGCAGAUAAUAACAAUGUCGGCCAAAGAUCACGAUCAUGCGCCUCCGAAUUAUAUCAUACGCAAUGAAAUGCAAUGGAUUCGUAACUCCGCUGGCAAAAUGCUCGCUUUAGUAAAUGGUUACACUUAUUACUGCAACACGAGAAAAAGCUGCAAUAGAAAGAAAGAUUACUGGCGUUGCACGAGGGGCGGAAGUUGUAAAGCUCAUUUUUUUGUUUCGUUAGACCCGGAUCAGAUCAUUACUAUGUCGGCCAAUGAUCACGAUCACGCGCCACCAAAUUACAUCAUACGCAAUGGCCACAGGAAUGGCAAGCCGGCCGUAAUUGUCAACGGUUUCACUUACUAUUGCAACAAACAAGGCCACAAGACGGACAUUUGGCGCUGCACCAACGGUUCCAACUGCAGAGCAAGGUUCACCAUGUCGAAGACCGACUGGAGGAUCAUCAGAGGCCGGCUGGAGCAUGAUCACAAGCCACCUAACUUUGUUGUCCAAGACGGUGUCUAUUUCAAGAUCUGA